ACGUGGCAUUGUGCCGUGCCAGUUCCAGUUACUUCCCAAAAGUAUCCGCCGGAUACUUUCCUCCAUCCCUCCCGUCCCGUCCAGGCUCCAGAGAGGCGUGAGCUAAGCCAAGCGGGGCCAAGUGCCGCUGCCGGCGCGAAUGGUUCCGCCCACAGCUGCCGGCGGGCUCUCGGCCUCCCCCUCAACAGCCAUGCCGGAGCAUUCCCACGGGGCCAAGUGCCGCUGCCGGCCCGCGCGCUCCGCCUGCGCCUGGGCGCGCGACAUCUUCAUGGACGUGCUGACCGCCGCGGUCACGCUCCUCAUCCUCUUCGGCAUCGCCGCGUGCCUCCUCGUGACGCCGCUCGUGUUCGCCGCGCGUGCAUUACGCCGGCAGGCCAGGCGGUACGGCGCCUUCUCGCCCGACGACCACCCGCGGCCGCUGCGGCCGCGCCACACCGGCCUCGCGUCCGAGCAAAUCAGCCGCCUCCCCAGCUUCGAGUCGCCCCCGUUCGAUCAAACCUCGGCCUGCAUCGUGUGCCUCGAGGCGGCGCGCGGCGGCGAGCGGUGGCGCGCGCUGCCUCCCUGCGGCCACGCGUUCCACACCGCCUGCGUCGACCCGUGGCUCCUCCUGUCGUCGACGUGCCCUGUCUGUCGCGCUACCGUAGCAAUCCUCCCAAGAAGCGAAUCGCAGUUGGGAGACGGUAUCGAGAAACAGCCUCUGUCCCUCUAUUUCAGUCCACCUCAUGGUGGCUAGCUCCCAACGCCAUCUUGGGAUGUAAGGUUUGGUUUUCGAUCAGCAGCUCCACAGAAUGGCUUCCCGCCUUGCUGUGUAAUCCUUGCUGCUGUAGCUAGGUUUCGUGUGGAUCAUCCUGCUGUUGUAAACCGAGAAGAAAGUUUCUCCUUGCUGACGACUUUGCAAUGUCAACUUCUUCACUUUGAAGUGUCAACUUCUUUAUUUA